UUGUUUAAGGAAGAUAUAUUAUUUAGAAUAUUAAAUAUAUCGGGAAAAUAAUUAUAUGUGUGUAGGCGGGUACCCAUGGGGCGGGUUUACCUAAAUCCAAACCCAACCUGACCCGGUGAAUAGUGUACCAUCACAUAAAGGUACAAGUUCAAGUUGUACCAUAAAAGAAUGGGUUAAUACCUUACUAUGGCCUGAACUAUGACCAUGUAAUCAACUUUGGCCCGUGGUUUGUGAAAUUAACAUCCUGGCCCGAACUAUGCAGCAUAGACACAGAAUUGGCCUUGAGCGUGGUUUGACCGUUUGUUUAGACGGUCAACACCGUUGACCGUUAGUCAACUGUCCAGGUCACUGCCAUGUCACCAAAAAAAAUUAUUUCUUCAUUUUUCUUUUUAUUUCCAUUACAAAAUCGAAUAAUAAAGAAAGAAAAAAAAAACAGAAAACCCAGGCCACCCAUCCCCACCUUAUCCCCUCAGUUUUUCGAUCAAACCCAAAUCCCUAACCAUUCGCCUUCUUCCCCGACGAGGCGCCGCCUCCAUUCUCUCCGUUUCAAAUGCAGCGGCGGCCGGUCGUUUAAAGACGACGCCGACGCCGUCGCCGUCGCACGUUUUCAUCAGAACCCAGAUAACCCAUCCUCGCCUUCUUUCAUUUUCGAUCAAAACCCUAACCAAUCGCCUUCUUCCUCCUUCUUCCCCGACAACCCACCGCCUCCAUCAUCUCCGUUUCAAAUGCAGCGGCGGCCAUAAAUCCUACCCAGAACCCUCACCUGUUCCUCGCGCGCCAUCCCUUCCCCACCCUCGAACCCCACUGUUCUCUCCCUUCCCCACCAUCUUCCCCACCCUCGAACCCCACUGUUCUCUCCCUUCCCCACCCUCGAACCCCACUUUUCUCUCGUCAACAACAAAAUAAUCCACUUCUUUGUAGGCCAACCCUUCCCCACCCAUCGCUAUUUUCUACCAAACGCGAAGAAAGUGAGGUUCCAGGGACAACUCUAGCAAGGGACCACUUCGAGGACCACUUCGACAAAAUCUUGUUAUUCAGUUAAGGUAAGCAAUCACUAUCCCUCGUUCCUAUAUUCUGAAUACGUCCAAGAAAUUCGUUUUGUUCACAUGUGGAUUGAUGCAUAGUGGACAUUAAACAAUAAUAGUUGAUUUGUCUUUAUCGGCUUAGUGAAUUUAUCGAUUUGUCUUUGUCGGCUUAGUGAAGUUUGCUUAGAAAAGUGUGUUUUCGAUUUGUUUAUGUGCAGAAUGGAAGACCCAAUUGAACUCAUUUUAUGCCAUGGAGGAUUUAUGGAUAUGACAGGGGCUGUUCCAAAGUAUGUUGGAGGUGAUGAAGCUGUGGUGAACAUGGUUGUCGAUGUAUUGUCCUAUUUCGAGUUAACAAAGACUCUAAUUGAAGAUUUAGAGUAUGUCUCCGUGGAAAGGCUUUGGUACUUGACUCCGGGUAAAAGUAUGGCCACUGGAUUGCACAAAAUUCAUUUAGACGCGGAGGUUAUGAAUGGAUUACUCCCAUGUGUAGGUAAAGGACAGGUGAGGGUCUACUUUGAAGCCACUAAAGACUUUGGUGAUGAUGGAUUUAUGGGUGACAACUACGGCCAUGACCAUGAUGGUUCAGACGAGGAUGGUGAAAACUCGGCUGUACCUGAAUUUGUGCGAGUAGAGGAAGAGGAUGAUGCCCAAACAUCUGAUGAAGAGUAUCAUGAAAUCAGGCAGAAGGUUCGAAACAGGAGGCAGAAUUAUAGAGCUCAGUUUCAAGAGUCGGGUGAGGAGGUGGAUCAAGUGGUAUUGGAGGAGGAUGAAGAGCAAAAUGUGGGAAGGGAGUGUAGACACCACAUUUUGUCCGGAGCAACCAUCCUACUCAAAAUUCGGAAGAAUAUUCCAUUUAAAAAUUAAAAAGAAAACCCAAGUGAAAUUUUGGACGAGGUUGGUUGAGAUUAGCAGUGGCAAAUCAAUAAGUACCAAUAAUUUCGAAGUCCUCUUUCUGUUUAGUUCGAAUAGCUGUACUAGGUAGGAUUAGCAGUAGCUAAUGACUACCAAAUUCGCUUUAUUUAGAAUAACAAUAGUAUGCCGUCACGACUAUACUAGUAUUACUGUUAAUGGUUAGUGACAUAGGUUUGAAAUUGGUCAAAUGAGAUAGGAAGACCAUAGUAAACUUACUGAUAUUGGUCAAUAUUGGUCGAAAUUCACAAUCGGGAACUAUUUAAUUAGAAGUUGGGAUAUGGGUCACGAUUGGAGAAAAAGUAAGCAAAUUGGGUGGGAGCAAUCAAUUGAAUAGUUGGGCCAUACAAUAAUUACAUGAUCAUUCUAAUUAUAAGUCAGCAAAAAUAAUUACAUGCAUAAUUACAAAGUACAAAUGUACAACUAAUAAUUAUUACAUUUGACAAGAGAUUAAGUAUGAAUAAAAAAGACUUGGAGGCCUUGCCAAUUGAAGCUGUUUGGGCCCACAUUGAUCAUCAUUUUGAGCCAAAACCAUACCAAAAACCUGCAAAAGAGAAAAAAAAACUAUUAGAAACCAGCCCAUACCAGCAACCAACACUUAGGCCCAAUUCUCAAACCAUUAAACUCAACCCAGGCCCAUAUUCAGGCCCAAUUGACUCUGGUCAACUCUGGUCAACUUGGUCGACCCGGGUCAACCCAAUCAAGUAUGGUCAGCCCGGGCCAACUCUGGUCGACCCCGUCAACCAAACCCAUCAUUCUUAUCUAAAGGAGCAGCAGAGUAGCAGAGCAGCAGAACAGCAGAGUCUCUGCCAAAUCUAAAAAAGAAGAUUUCGGCCACCUCCUCCAAGGACCAAUCCCAAAUUGCCAACAACAUAAGUGGCUAAGGCUACCUCUUCAAGAGCAAAGGAGGAGCAGCCAACACACAGGUAUGAACAGUAAAAGGCAGCCAUAUAUAAGGAGCUGUUUUACCCCAAACAAGAGGACAGAGAGGAAGAACCAACAACAAAAAAAACACACAAAAAGGGAGACAAAGAGCAUUAAAAGCACUAAGCACCAAAAAGACAGAAGCACUAAGGAUCCAAAAAGGGCAGGAAGUCAGAAACAACAACGAGCCAUCACCAUCAAAAUCCACUAAAUCACAACACAGGUUGGUAUUCUCUACACCCCAUUAACCGUACAAGCAUUCUAGUUAUUCAUACAUCCAUGUAGAAGAUCUACUUAACAUAUGAUACUUCUAAGUUCAUAAUCCAUACUUAGGCUGCCUAAAUUUGUAUGUGAAGUGGAUAUUACGAAAUUCUGAUCUUUGUGACAUGUAUGCCUCUUUAUGCUAUUCAUUUCUUUCGUUAUAUGACAGUUUACUUUUUAUCACCUAAAUACAAUGAAUCAGUUUGAGUUGCUCUCAGUUUUUCUAGCAAGCAUAAUUCUUGUUAAGCUGCUAGCUAAACUUAGCACUAUUAUCAGCCAGGCUAGUUCAUUUACUCUUUCAACAUAGCAAUAAUCAAGCAAUCCAUUCAAAACAUAAAAAAUUCAAAUCACACCUUUGAGAGAGUAUUUUAAAAUACCUCAUUUUGUGUUUAAGGGUACCCCUUUUCUUUAGCCAAUUACCAGAUUUGAUAAUCACGAAGUUCUCAUUUGAUUAUUAUUUUGUAUGCUAAAUACAAUAAAACACUUUCAUUAAAAAUCCCAUUUGUUACUAAUCAGUAUUAGCCUUUUAAUCAAGUUGUUUAACCAAUUGAUAGUCAUAAGCAGUAGCUAUGAUGUCGUAUUACUUUUAGGACCAUUAUGGAUUUUCGAAUUUUAAUAAAGCAAGUUCACCACCAUGUCCAAAACCAAACAUUAAGGCUAAACAAACCUAGGAGGUCUAACAAAAUUUACUUUCACAACACCAGAAAGUUCAAUAAACAAUCAUAACGAUA